AUGGGGGUACUGAUUGACUCGCAUCCCGCCGUGAUGGACGCGCAUAUUGAGGAGCAUGCCGGGAAUGGCAAUGGUAUUCCCAUUCUGCCAAGUCUAUCGGCUUCCGGGGACACACUGAGCGAGGAAGAGAGAACUAAUCAGAGAAAAGACACAUCCGCUGCAACAUCGGCUCUAAAGCAGACAACGCCACUGGAGAUUGUGGACAGGUAUAUUGAUGAGCCGCGGCCGCUCAAAGUCGCAGUCAUUGGAGGGGGCCUGGCGGGCAUCCUUGCCGGUGUCCUUUUGCCUACAAAAGUGCCCGGUAUCCAAUUGACGAUUUACGAGAAGAAUCGUGAUUUUGGAGGAACGUGGCUCGAGAAUGUAUAUCCUGGUGUGAGAUGCGAUAUACCAUCGCAUGUCUAUCAGUCGACCUUUGAGCCCAAAAAAGACUGGUCCGAUGAGUUUGCACCCGGACACGAAAUUCGCGAAUAUUGGCAGUCCGUCGCCAAAAAGUACAACGUGUACCAGUAUGCCAAAUUUGAGCAUCUUGUACAAGGGGCGACAUGGGAUUCCGAUGCUGGAAAAUGGCACGUUGCAGCCAGAGACUUGACAAACAAUGAGGUCAAAACACUGCAAUACGACUUUGUGCUGACAUGCAUUGGUCGAUUCAACGAUUGGAAGCUACCAACGUAUCCUGGCAUUGACAAAUUCCAAGGAACACUGAGGCACACCUCGAACUGGGACCCUGACUUUGACCCGGAUGGGAAAAGAAUCGCCGUCAUUGGAAACGGGGCCAGUGGUAUUCAGGUUGUUGCUACUCUACAGAAGACUGUGGCUCAUUUGGAUCACUACGCCAGAAAUAAAACGUGGAUUGCGACCUCGUGGGCAGGAGAUGAAAGAACGGUCGGCCCCCAACCUAUUGGAAACGAACUGCAAAACUCCUUUCAGGAUCCCACGGCAUACACGGAAUACAGGAAAAAACUCGAGGACAAAUACUGGCGGGGUUUCCCAGGAGUUCUUCGUGGAAACGCUAGAAAUGUGAACUUGAAGACGAAUUUCAUCCAGGUGAUGCGAAAGAGAUUAUCCAAAAAGCCGACCAUGAUUGAGCACAUGGUUCCCGACUUUUCUCCCAACUGUCGACGUCUGACCCCCGGCCCUGGCUAUCUGGAAGCAAUCACCGAGGACAACGUGGAUUAUAUACGCACACCAAUUCGCAGAAUCACUGCUACGGGCAUCGAGACGGAAGAUGGCAUCCACAGAGAAGUUGAUGCCAUAUUCUGUGCCACCGGCUCCAAGACGGAUUUGGUGCCUCGCUUCCCAAUCAAGGCCGACGGGAGGACACUGGCCGAAGUUUGGGCCCCCGAGGGAGAAGAAGCCUUUCCAUACACAUACAUGGGAGUAGCGACGCCCGGCUUCCCGAAUCUACUGUUUGUCCAUGGGCCGUUUGGCACCGGCCCGUCCGGUACCGUGCCCCAGAGCGUCGAGAGCCAGCUGACGUACUUUGCCAAGCUGCUGCGAAAAGUGUCCAGGGAGGGAAUCAAGUCCAUCGAUGCCGACCCCAAGGCGGCUGACGACUUUAAUGAGUUUGCCGAGGCCUUUUUCAAAACUACCGUCUUUACGGACAACUGUAGCUCGUGGUACAAUGGUGGCAAGCCCGGUGCCAGGGUGCACGGCAUCUGGCCUGGCAGCGCUGCGCAUCUCACUAUUGUGCGGCGCGAUCCUCGCUGGGAGGAUUGGAACUACAAGUAUCUGACUGGCUCGGGCAAUCGGUUCCAUUGGUACCUGGGCAACGGGUCUACAAAGCAAGAGGCAGACCCGGCGUCUGACAUAACCUCGUACCUCAGGAAUCCAGAGGAGAUUGACUUGAAAGAUGUGCACGAAAGCUGGUGGAGCAUCCCAUAG